AGAGCAUUUGCCCAUUUGUGUCCCUGUAUUCCUGCUGCCCAGAGCCUUGACAGCACAGCGUAAGAGGUGGCAAGUGGGAUAUUUCUCAGGAGAAUUUUAGUAACUGUUUAAACAAGAGGUGGUAACUCAAGCUAAUCUCCAAAGUGGGCACAAGGACACAUAAACAGCUGAAAAUCUUUUUCACCACUUCAUCGUUUUACCUUUGGUUAGAAACUUGUCAUGGAAGUGUUAGAAAUGCCCAGCCUGCACCCAGACACUGAGCAGCACAAAACGCUCACUGAGAUCUCCGAUGAUGAACUUAACCUUCCACCAUCUGAUGAUGAAGAAGAGGCAACAACAGAGGCCAAAUCAAAGGAAAUGGUGGAAAAAGAAGAGGCAGAGGAUGAAAACAAAAAUAACGGGCAGAUGAAUGGGGUGAUGAUUCUGUCUCUGCUGGAUAAGAUUAUCGGUAGAGUGGACCAGAUUCAGCAGACACAGUCCGGCCUGGAGGCCCGGCAGCAAGAGAUGGAGCGAUCAGUCUGUGGAAUUGAGGGGGAGCUCACCAAACUGACCAAAAGUCACACUACAACAGCCAACUCGGUGAACAAGAUGCUAGAGAAAGUGCGCAAAGUAAGCGUAAAUGUAAAGACAGUACGCAGUAACCUGGAGAAGCAGGGCAGCCAAAUAAAGCGGCUUGAAAGCAAUGAGAAUGAGCUACUCAAGAGGAGGAACUUUAAAGUCAUGAUAUACCAGGAUGAAGUGAAGCUUUCUUCUAAGACCACAGUGGCCAAAUCCCUAAAAGUAUCACAGGCUGCAGAGGGUGAGGGUGAGCUGGAGCAAAAAGCUGUUAUGGAGGAAGGUGAAGAGGCUGGGGGAGAAAAGCUUGACCUGUCAUCUGAUGAAGAAGAAGUGGAAAUUGAGGAGACUAUUGAAGAGACCCGAGCAGAACGAAUCAAACGCAGCAGCCUUCAACGGGUGCAAAAUAUCAAAACAGCUUUCUCCAAGCAAAAGAUGGAGAAAACCAAGCAAAAGACAAAGGAGAACCUUGAGAAAACCAAACAAAAGACCAAAGAGAACUUGGAGAAGACACGAAUGAAGACCAAAGAAAACUUAGAAAAAACCAAGCAAAAGACCAAAGAGAACUUGGAGAAGACUAGGCAGAAGACCCGAGAGAACCUGGAAAAGACACGUCACAACAUUGAGAAGAAAAUGGGCAAACUUAGCACUCGUAUGACUGUCAACCCAGAGCGCAAAGAGAAGCUUAAAAGCUCACAGAAGAAGAUCGUGAAAUCUUUCACACCCGAUCACACCAUUUAUGCUCGGUCUAAAACCGCCGUGUACAAGGUGCCACCGUUCACCUUUCAUGUAAAGAAAAUCCGUGAAGGGGAGAUAGAAAUCCAAGGUACAGAAAUGGUAGAAGUGGGUGGGGAAACAGAGGAUGUAGAGAAUGGAGUAAUGGAAGGAGAAGAGGAAGAAGAGAUGGAGAUGGAGGAAGGAGAGAUGGAAGAAAUGGAGAAAAUUGCUGAGAUGUUAGAGGCAGGAGAUGAUUCAGAGCUGGUGCUUGCAGAGGAGGAUCAUGAUAGAGACAGUGACUAGAUGGGCUGUGUGGGUGUGUGUGUAAAAGAGGUGUGAGGGUGAAUGUGUUUGUGUGUGUGAGGGUUUAUGGGUGGGAGUGUGUGUGUGUGUGUGUGUGUGUGUGUGUGUGUGUGUGUGUGUGUGUGUGUGUGUGUGUGUGUGUGUAAAGAGAGUACAUUGGGAGACUGCUGUAUACAGGUGAGACUUCAGAUUUAGGAAUGUGUGUAUAUGAGUUUUUAAAAUUGUGUGUGUGUGUGUGUGUGUGUGUGUGUGUGUGUGUGUGUGUGUGCAUGCAUGUGUCUGUCUAUCUGUCUGUCUGUCUGUCUGUCUGUCUGCCUGUCUGUCUGUGGGUGAAUUAAUGGAUGAAUAAAAGAUGAGAAGUCUGGGAUCGACAGUUUAAGAUUUGGCUUAUAUUCUAGUUCAGGUAAGCUGAAUACUCAAAUAAUUUGCAGAUUUGGGUUAUGAAAUCAGUAAAAUGGCACCAAGCUUAUUAAGAAAUGUAAGCCAAAAUAUAAGGAUCAAGCAUUUGUAACAAAAAAAAAAAGAAAUUAAAAGCUCAUUGUUAAUUAAUAUACUAACACACAUGCUUAUUUAGUUAGUCUAGUAAAAAACACACUUUGACAUAAUCUAGUCAAACACAAACAUGUUUUACUUAAAAGAGGGGAACACAACCAAUACAAUUCUUCAGAUCUUUUUGAUAUAUAAUAUCAGAAUUUCCUGUUUAAUAUUAUUUCUUUUUUUUUUUUUUUUUGGAGACACAGUUACUGAAUUGUGUUGUUACACUGAAUGUUUUUUAAGCUACAACACACUAAAUGUUACAUUAAUUAUGAUUAUAGCCACCAGCCCUAUGUGGCUGUUGAUAUACCAUCAAAUAUAUACCUUUUUUAUGUCUUAAUAUCUCGAGUAAAGAAAUGUAGUUAGUUAGUAGGUGCCUAUAACAAAGACUGCAUUCUUUUUUUUUUUUUUAUACAAAGAAUUGCCUGAAGACUAGAAUAAUUGAGGGAAAGAAUAGACAUUAAUUUCAACAGUGUUUGAUUUAUGUAUUAAACAAGGGUGCCUUCAGUGGAAAAAAACUAACAGUAUCUUAAAAAAAAAGAAAAAGAACAAAAAUAUAAAUUUUUCUUAUGUUUUAAAAUCAGUUUCUACUCCUUAAUUACUUAAUUUCCUUAUUACUGUUGUCUGUAAAUGAAACACUUAUGUACACUUCUUGUGUAUUUCUUACAAAAAAGGUUGUUUUCUUAUUAUAAAACAGCAACUUGCUUUCUCUGAAUAAAAGGUAAAAAGAAGUAUUUGUGGAAAUGUUGGAAUAUAUAGGGAUAAAAGAAGCUGUUUGCAUAAAAAAAUAAGUAAAUGUGACAAACAUUUAUACUUCAGUAAAGUAGAAGUAUUGCCAAAAUGUACUUAAGUAUGAUAUGCAUGAAUUUUUAUUUCACUUUAUACACCACUGCUGUCAGUAUACAUUAGCAGUAACUCUUAGCCCCAGUCAUGCGGACAACCUGCACCACAUUAAUCAAUAAUUAGAUCUGUUUAAAGGCUUUGAUAAGCUGAUUCUGAAGUUUUAGACUAGAGCAAAAACAGAAUGUGUUUUGCAUGGAGUUCGCAGGACUGUGAUUGAGACCCACUGCAUUAUAGAGAACAUGUCUGUUUAAGAGCAUCACCAAGCCAACUUUUUUUUAGAUUUUACUUAAAUAGGCACCAUCCAUCCUUUCUUGUUGACAAAUACCAUAUUUACCUUUUCACAUUUAAUAUGCACAUUUUUUUUUCUUUGCUUUGCAAUUGAUCUGUAUGUAUCUUAUAAUGUCUCACUGCAUACUAAUAUGUUAAUAAAAUCAGACUUAUUCACA